UAUAAUAUGAACUCGGUCGAGCCGGCCAGCCGCGUCGCCGCCGCCGCCGUCACGGGACCGAUCGAUAACGCGCCGCCGCGGCCCGCGAAUACAAUACAACACGCGCGUAUUAUGUGAGGCCUAUACGCUCACGUAUAUUACGGACGAUCACCGCGAUCGGGACGCGAUACUUUCGAUCGCGAGUGUCACGCCGUGUAUAACACGAUCUCCGUAAAAUACCCUGUGGAUCGUUGUUCAAAUAAUAUCGAUGAACAUUUGUCCGUCGGCCGUCGCGCCCUCAAACCGCGUUUUGGAUUAUGAUUUUUCUAUUUUCCAAGCGAGCGACGACGAUCUUGUCUCGACAGUAAUAUCAUUAUUGUAUCGUGCCUAUAUAGAUCCGACGACGAGAAAUAUCAUAUCAGUGUAAUAAUAUAAUACGACCACCGGCGAUAAAGGUGGCGGGUCGGGUAAGGGUUGGCGCGGUCGUACACCGAGAGUUCGCGCCGUGGGCGCAAGCGCGAAAGGUCCGUCGUCGAGUGGCGGUACAGUCGUCGGUAGCGCUUGUAUAUAGGUUUUACGCGUAUAGCGCGCGGGCUGUUGUGCGAUCGCGCGAUUCACGGCCUACACGGGCACACGGGAACGGUGGAGGAGAAGGAGGACCGCGAUUCGGCAAAAUAGAUCGGCACCGAAAACGGGAACAGGAGCAAUAAUAUUAUUGUACCAGAAAAAUCAUAGUUAAUACGGACAGAGCGAUUCGAUCGCGUCCGCAUAGGUAUAUACGCGAUAAAACAACAACAACAACAACAACAAUAAUAAUAAUAGUAUUUAUCAUCCCCCAAAGCGCGCAUUCCGCGUAGUAUAUUAUUAUAUGAUAUCUAUAUAGUGGCACAUAAUAAUAACUAAAAAGUAAUAACAACAUCAUACGCGUUAUGUGUGCGUGACGGUCACAUAACGACACGACAACGGAUAUCGUACAGCGUAGAUCGCUGGAUCGCUGGAUCGCUGGAUCGUCAUCAUCGCCGUCGUCGAGAUGCAACCUCCUCCCAGGAAGGGAAAUUAUGUUAAGUUUUUGAAAAAUCUUCAUUCGGAACAAAUAGCAAAAUUACUUUUAAAAAACCAAAACGAAUGCGAUUUGUUGGAGGACAUAAGGAGUUUUUUGAUCAAAAAAUCUUCCAUAGAGAAAUCAUAUUCCGAUGCAUUACUUAAAAUAUCUGUUGCUUUUUUGAACAAGAAAAUUGCUAAUAUACCGGACAUAAAGACUGAAGGCAGUGAAGAAAAAUGGAAUAUGUGGAAUGUGUGGCGAACAGUUCUUGAAGAAAACGAAACGGCUGCAAAAGCACGAUUAGAAGCAAUCGAAGUUUUACAAAACCAAAUAAAUGACGAGGCGAAAGCUCUUCGAGCGCAUAAACUUCAGAUUGCAAAAAAAUGUACAGAUCAUUUAGCAUUGGUACAAAAAGAGCUUCAUUCUUCCGUCCAAGAUGUAGAUAAAACGAAAAAGUUUUAUUUCGACGAAGAACAAAGUGCUCAUGAAGUGAGAGACAAGGCUAAGGAUAUAGAAGAAAAAUUAAAGAAAAAAAAAGGAUCGUUCUUCCAAUCAAUCACUUCUUUACAAAAGAACAGUGUGAAAGUGUCUUCCAGAAGAGAAGUUUUGGAAGAGAAAUCUUCGGGAGCUAGAAACGAUUAUUUACUGAGUCUGGCAGCUGCAAAUGCUCAUCAGACACGAUACUUUUUGGUUGACCUUCAAAAUGUAAUGAAUACUAUGGAACACAAUGUUUAUGAAAAAGUACAAGAAUAUUUGGCAUUACUUAGUAAAAUCGAGCUCCUUACGUGUACUGUUGUUCAUAAUUCGUUUAAGAAAGUCAGAGAUCAAGCGCAACAAUUGAGUCGAGAGUACAACAUGCAAUGUGUAUACCUCUUCUAUCCUGUGUUGAAGCAACAUGUUCAAUACCAAUUCGAACCUUGUGACGGAGACGGUAUAGAUCACAUUACAGCGGAUCACGGUGGAGUGGUCACUAUACUUAGCCAAGAAGCGAAAAGGUGGGCCACACGAAUAAUUAGAGAGACGAAUAACAUCAAAGAAAACACUAGAAAACUACAGGUCUUCCAAGCUCUCAAGGAUUCUGGACAAAAGAACGACCCGAAUGAUCCAAAUGGAGCUGAUUUGGAAACUAAAAUAGAAUCUUUGAAAAACAGUAUUCGGAGAUCUGAAAUAGCCAAAGCUAAAGCUGAAUCUCGUAUUGAGUGUUUGAGAAAUGGAGAUGGAAAUGUUAAUGUCGAAGAAUGGCUAGCUGACAUGGGCGAUAUAAAUGCCGAACUUCAACGAUCAAAUAGUACAUCUUCGUUACCAAUUGAUGGGGGUACAACUAGUGCAAUGACAUCUGACUAUGAUAGUGAGGAUUACGGAGACGGACCUUCAGACAGUCCAGUACCAUCCGAUCAGCCACAGUCGUCGUCUCAAGAUGAAGAAGAUCGACCAGAUUCGGCGGAAAUUGAUAAAGAUUGGGCACUUGUGGAAAAAGAACGUCAACGUAUUGAACAAUUAACAGCUGGUUGGGACGAUCCGACUCAGGUAAAUUGGGAAGAAAAUCGUGACACUGAAGAAAAAACUAUGUAUCCCCAAACUGCUCCAGAAGAAUCCGAAGGCCCCGUAUACAAAUGUACUGCGUUGUACAGCUAUACAGGUCAACAUCCUGAUGAAUUAAGCAUCGUUGAAAAUGAGCAGCUUGAAGUGUUUAGCGUAGACAGUGAUAAUUACGGUUGGUCAAAAGCCAGAAAUUACAAAGGUGAAGUGGGGUAUGUACCAUCUAAUUAUCUGGAUAUCGAACAAGAAACGUGUGAUCCAGAAACACACGAUACUCCUACCACAUACCAACUUAGAUCGCAGAUUAGCUUCUCCUCGGUCGACUAUAUGGUCAACGACGAAGCGGCAAAUCAAUCACAGCACUGUCAGUCUGAUGAAGACGUUGAAGCUGAAGAACAAUCAUCAGAAAAAAGCAUCACUACAGUGUGGGAAAAGAAAGACGGAGGCAUCAUUGAGGUACCGUCAUAUUGUAUAGCACUGUUCGAUUAUGACGGAAAUGAUCCCGAAGAACUGGGUAUGAAAGAAGGCCAAAUUAUUAAAGUGGUCGACAAGACUACACACGUAGACGAUGGGUGGUGGGUAGGCGAGUUGGGUAGCAUGAUGGGACAUUUUCCGUCGUGCCUAGUAAAAGAAUGUUACGAGAACGGUGACCUAGUACCCACACCAACAUCUGAAAAUGGAGACAGUGAUUUUUCGAACGAAGAUCAUCCUGAGUUUGUAACAAGUGGUCCACCACCGCCACCACCACCAGUAUUUACACCACCCGAAUUACCACCAACACAUUUGUUCGCGACUCAAGUGAUUGUCACCCAACCUACGCCCAUCGGUGAUCAUGGACCCCCUGGAAGUUUUGCUCCAGAAGUGCCACCCAAAUCGAAUGAAUUUUCUAUGGUGAUAACUCAAAAUCAACAAGACCAGUAUGAAACUCAAUUUACGGAGGAGUCUUCUGAUACAGUAUCGGUAAACGUGCCCGGUGUACCACAACUAUUUAUAGAAAAUGAGGACGACUGUUCAGGACCUCCCGGCGCUCCCCCUCCACCGGCACCUGCACCCGCGACCGACGGGCUGGGCGUCGCUCAAAUCGUCAUCACUGCUGCCACGCCAAUGAUGGAAGAACCGGAAAAGCCGUUCGGCCAAGAAUCGGAUACGGUUGAGGCUGAAGCUGAACCACCCAGCGCGGAGGUCCAAUCGGAUUCGAAAUCGGAAGAGGAGCACCGUAUGAGCGUGGAUAGUGAUUACUUCCCGGCCACAAUACCGGAAGAAUCUGAAGAUGAUCUGAAGUUGCUUGAGACCGAUCAUCAUGCCGACACGGGUUUGCCGUCGGAGCUCGAACCCAGACAGCUGGCCAAACUUCACGAUCUUAAAGAGUCAAACGCUUAGAUACAUUUUUUCAUCGUCUUAUUAUUUAUUUUGCAAGGUCGACUAUAUAUAUUAUUUUUAAGGCUCUACCUAUUAUAUAUUAAGACUAAGUAUUCUUGUUUAUGUCGUUAUCGAUCGGUAGGUAUUCAAACCUAUAACACUAUUGCUAUAUAAUAUUAUAAACUAAAUGCUUACGUUAUGAUAUAUGCAACACAUAAAACGAAACCUAUGUGAUUGUAUGUUAUAGUGUUAUGUACGUUUCUAUUUUAGUAGUAAAAUGUUAACUGUCUAUAAUAUUACAUUUCCUUAACACACGUAUCUUAUUAAAAGUUUUUAUAUUAAUUCUGAAGCACGUUUAGAGACAAAAUUAAAGGUUAAUUUGUUCUUCGUAUUAUUAUUCUUGUUAAUAGUAUUAUUUUCGAUAGGGUAGAAAAUAAUUAUUAUGAAUCUUAUAGUUUUUAUAAGUGGCAAACGUACCUAUUAUAUUAUUAUGUGACAUCUAAAUAUUAAUAAAAAUGUAUUUUCUAUUCUCAGUUUACGUGUAACUAUCAACAUUGAUUCACCCCAAAGAAUAAAGAUAUUUUGAUGAGUUGGUAUUUCAACAAUAUAUUAUUGUGAAUCCACUUUGGUCUUAAGUAUACACCUACUAUUGUCAUUAUAAAAUUACUGUGAACUUUAAAUUUUUUAUUUACAGGGUGAUUCACCAAGCAUGCUCACUCCCAUUUUUUCUUCUAAUAAUGAAUUUAUUCAAAUUUUUAGAAUUUUUAGAAUUUUCAAAUAUACUUAAAGACCAUAUUUUCAAAUUCUUGAAUUUUUUUAAACUACUUAAAGAGUGUCCUGUGGUGAUACAAACUUAUGUUUUUUAAAUGAGAACCACUUUUUUUACUGUAAAUUAAUUAGUGGAUAAUUUUUUUGAAAAUGUUGUAUACCAUAUUCAAAAUACGAAUGAGUAGUUUCUUAAUUAUUAAAAUGUCUGUAUUAAGGAUGAUAGUCGUAAAUAGACGUAAAAUUGGAUCUAGUAUUUACUAUACUUGAACCAUUUUUACAAAUUAUUAAUAUUAAUGACUACAAUUUUCAAAUCACCAUAGUCCCCGUGGCCCACAUCUUAUCAACCCAUUAUUAUGGACCUUUUAUCCUUAUAACACAAAGUUAAAAUAACUGAAAAACUACUCGUACGAAUUUUGAUUUUCUGAAAAAUUUCAGAAAAAUCAUCUACUGUAUAAUUUAUAGUUGUAUAGGGGUGAUCUCAUUUGAAAAACAGAAGUAUGCAUCUCCACAGGACACUCGUUAAUUACCUAGUACAAAAAAUCUCAAGAAUUUGAAAAUAUGGUCUUAAAGUACAAUUAAAAAUUAAAAAAAUCUGAUUUUGAAAAACUGCAUUAUUCAAGAAAAAAAAGAGGUGAACAUGCUUGAUGAAUCACCCUGUAUACAGUUGUCUACAGUUACUAAUUAGAUAAAUAAUGAUUAAUGGCUAUUUAAGACGACUACUAUAUAGGUAUUAAAAGGUAUUACACCAAUAACACUGAUCCAACUGACGGGGAAUACAUUUAAAUGUAUAAGUAGGUAAUGAUUUAUAUGCUAGUC